AGAACCAAGCUGAAAAGAGCGAAAAAAAAAGGUUCAAAGAAUAAGUCUCAAGGUGAAUUGAAAGUGAAUCACGACAAAACGAAACAACAACAUGAUGAAAAGAAUUUUAACCACAAAGAUGAGAAAUUGAAACAGAAUGAAAAGAAUAAGCAACACGGAUCAAAGAAACAGGAAGAGGGAGAAAUUAUUAAUAAAGAUGGACACAAGAAAUACAAAGUAAAAGAAGAAACUUAUGGCACUGAGAAUGAGAAACACUUAAAUAAGCAUUUGAAACAAGAUAAAUACAACGAGGAACAUGACAAAACGAACAAGAAGAAUAACAACGCGCAAGCUAAAUUCUCAGAUGAAAACGAGAAAUCGAAAGAAAAGCAUGCGAAAGUUACUAAUAAGAAAGUGAAGAGCGAUGACAAGAAAGUCAAAGCCAGUUUAAAGAAAGAUAAAAAGGUUGAAAAGAAACAGAAAGUUCAAGAAAAGCAAAAGAAACAUCAAGAAGUGAAAGGAAAAAAGGUUAAAUAUUAA